GAGUUGUAGUCCGCAAAAUGCGCGGAAGUGGCCGCGAUGGCGACGGAGGUGAUGGAGGGGCAGCGGAUGCAGGCAGUGGGCGGUGAGAUGCUGAUGGGUGAACUGGACAUCACCUCAGAUGAGUUCAUCCUGGACGAAGUGGACACACAUAUACAGGCCAACCUCGAGGAUGAACUCGUGAAGGAAGCGUUAAAGACUGGCGUUGAUCUGAGACACUACUCCAAACAGGUGGAGACUGAGUUGCAGUAUAUUGAACAUGCCUCCAUCAAAGACUACAUCAAGGAGAGUGAGAACAUCGCCAGCCUGCACAACCAGAUCACAGCCUGUGACACCAUCCUGGAGAGGAUGGAGCAGAUGCUGAGCACCUUCCAGUGUGACCUGAGCAGCAUCAGCUGUGAGAUCCAGACUUUACAGGAGCAGUCCAUCGCCAUGAACAUCAAGCUGAAGAACCGUCAGUCCGUGCGCAGCGAACUCAGCCAGUUAGUGGACGAGCUCAUCGUGCCCAACAUCAUGAUCACCACCAUCCUGGACACCCCAGUCACUGAGCAACAGUUUGUGGAGCAGCUCCACGAGCUCAACAACAAGAUUAACUACGUCAAAGAGCAGUCCUUCAAGGAGACCUUGGCCUGCUCUGAUGUGCAAGACAUCCUGGACCGCCUCAAGAUUAAGGCUGUUUCGAAGAUCAGGGAGUUUAUUCUGCAGAAGAUCUAUUCAUUUCGCAAACCCAUGACCAACUACCAGGUUCCUCAGAACGCACUGCUGAAAUACAGGUUUUUCUACCUGUUCUUGCUGGCAAACGAGCGUCAGGUAGCGAAGGAGAUCCGGGAUGAAUACGUGGACACCGUCAGCAAGAUCUACCUGUCCUACUUCAAGUCCUACAGCAGCCGGCUGAUGAAAGUGCAGUAUGAAGAGGUCGCAGACAAGGAUGAUCUGAUGGGAGUGGAGGACACGGCCAAGAAAGGCUUCUUCUCCAAGCCGUCGCUGAAGAACAGGAACACCAUCUUCACCCUGGGAAACCGUGGAAACGUGAUUGCCUCAUCGGAACUGGAAGCCCCCAUCAUUGUGCCCCACGCAGCACAGAAGAACGAAACUCGGUACCCCUUUGAGAGCCUGUUUCGGAGCCAGCACUACGCCCUUCUGGACAACAGCUGUCGUGAAUACCUCUUCCUCUGUGACUUCUUCAUGGUGACCGGAAACUCCGCUCAAGAUCUCUUCAACGCCAUCAUGGGCAAAACCCUCAGCAUGUUCUUGAAACACAUGGACACCUAUGUUGCCGAUUGCUACGACAGUAUCGCCGUUUUCCUGUCCAUCCACAUCAUCCUCCGCUUCAAGACCAUGAUGACCAAGCGGAACGUCCCUGCUGCCGACAAGUACUGGGACACCCUGCUGGAGAUCCUGUGGCCGAGGUUUGAGUUUAUCCUGGAGCUGAACACCCAGAACAUUCGCACCACAGACCCACAGAAACUGGGAGCCCUCGACACCCGGCCCCACUAUGUUACCAGGAGGUACGCAGAGUUCUCCUCAGCGAUCGUCAGCAUCAACGAAACCUACCCCAACGAAAAAGCACACAGCCUACUGGCCCAGCUACAGGUGGAGGUGGAGAACUUUGUGCUGCGGAUGGCCGCUGAGUUUUCCUCCCGCCGGGAGCAGCUGAUAUUCCUCAUCAACAACUACGAUAUGAUGUUGGGCGUCCUGAUGGAGAGAGCCACUGACGACAGCAAGGAAGUGGAGAGUUUCCAGCAGCUGCUCGGAGCCCGCACGCAGGAGUUUAUUGAGGAGAUCCUGUCUGCCCCAUUCGGCGGGAUGAUGGCCUUUGUGAAGGAGGCGGAGGGGCUGCUGGAGAGGGGGCAGGUGGAGCGGCUCAAGUCAGAGGAGGGGCGUGCGGUGACGCUGGUUCGGGGCUUUGCCGGCUCCUGGAAGCAGUCGGUGGAGGGACUGAGUCAGGACGUCAUGCGAUCCUUCACCAACUUUAAGAAUGGAACCGGCAUCAUACAGGGAGCACUGACCCAGCUGAUCCAGUACUACCACCGCUUCCACAAGGUGCUUGCACAGCCGCCCUUCAAAACCCUGGCUGCCCGCUCUGAGCUCAUCAACAUCCACCACCUCAUGGUGGAGGUGAAGAAACACAAGCCCAACUUCUGACCCCCUCCACAACCCUCACAUCCCUUCUCUCCCCUCCCCUUCCCUCUCUUCUUUGCUUCUCCUCUCUUCUCCUCACUCCUCUUCUCCUCUCCUCCUUUCUCCUCUCCUCCCCCUCUCUUCACCUUUCCCUUCUCCUCUCCCCUUUCCUCUUUUCCCCGCUCACCUUCCCUCUCAUGUCCCUAUCUCACAGUCCCUCUCUCCUCCUUCAUAUUCCCUCUCCCUCAUCCUCUCCCCCCUCCUCUCGCUCACACCCGGAUUAGGAGUGGACUGGACUGGAAACCCAGGCUAGAAGCAGACUGGACUGGACUACAGGACUCGGAGCAGGGUCGUGGCCAGGCUCUGUUCCAGCAGGAUUAAAACAAUGGAACCA